AUAGGAAAAGAAAAAAAAAAAAUUGAAGUUAGGGCAAGUUUUUCAGACGACACAAUCUGCUUCGACACUGCGCAGAUUGCAGCCUCCGCUAUCGCCUCAGGCUCAGGUGACAAGGACACUGUUCUUAGGAUCUAGUGAGGUUAUUUGCCUUGAACUUGAAUCAAAUCAUUGCAUAUUGAGCAGGAAGGUGAACGAAAAAUGGUGGCAUCUUCUGCUUCCUCUUUGAAAGAGUAUCUCAAAAGAUAUGAAAAUAGCAAUGAAGAGGAAAAGAAAAAGAAGAAGAAAAAGAAGAAGGUUAAACCUGAUGGAUCAGGUGUAGUUGUUGUUGACGAAGAUCCUGUUUGGCAAAAGCCUGUAAAGCUUGAAGAAGAAAAUGAUGAUUCAUCUGAUGAAGAGAAGCCCCAGGUUGACGAAGAUAUCGAAGUCAAGCGUAUGAAGAGGCUAGAGCAACUUAAAUCUAGACGUCCUUUUGGUGCCAUUUCUGAGGAUGGAAGUGGUUGGGUUUCAGUCUCUGAUAAUCCUAAAGACUUAAAUUCUGAAUACCAAAAUUCUGAUAUGUCUUCACCUCGGAAACGGAGGUCUUGUAAUGACACACCUUCACCAGAACCUGAACUGAAGCCUUCAGGGCAUGGUAGAGAACUUGCCGAUUCAUCACCAUCAUUGCAGCGACGGAAGCAUCAUUACACUCCAUCACCAGAAGGACCUGAACCUGAAAGAAAACCAUCACAUUCUUCUGGCCAGGAUCCUAAACAUCUUAUUUCUAAUAGCCAAGAUUUUGAUAUUUCUCCCCCUCGUAAACAGAGGACUCGGUAUGACACACCUUCACCAGACCCCAAUCUAAGGCCUUCAGAGCCUGACAGAGUGGUUACUGAUUUGUCACCACCUCGGCGGCAACAGAAACAUCAUCAUACUCAAUCACCACAGUCUGAAAUGAAGGCAUCACGUUCCUCUGGCCCAGAUCCUGAUUUUUCCCCUCCUCGUCGUCCUCGCCGAUCAAAUCACCAUUCAACUGAAAUAGAUGCUUCCCGUGUGUCUUCAGUUUCAGAUCUUUCUCCCCCUAGGAAAAUCCGGAAGGAAUCAUCUUCUCUGAAAGAGAAACCAAAAACUGGUUUGCUUACUGGCCGAGAUAUCAAAGAGGAGAAUACUAAGACUAAGAGAGAUGACUGGUUGAGGUUUAAAAAUAUGGAUCCUUCUAUUAGUGGUCGAGGUGCUGAAGGUGUAUAUCGUGAUAAAAUAACAGGAGAACGCAUAUCAAAGGAUCAGUUACUAAAAUCAUCGCAAAAAGAAGAAAAGCCUAAGGAGAUAAAGUUGGAAUGGGGUAAGGGCUUGGCUCAAAAGCGUGAAGCUGAAGCAAAGCAGCAGGAAUUAGAACUUGAGAAGGACAAACCAUUUGCACGGACAAGAGAUGAUCCAGAAAUCGACAGGAUGCUAAAGGACAGGGUUAGGUGGGGUGAUCCUAUGGCACAUUUGGUCAAGAGAAGAGAUUCUGAGCUUGUUCUUCCAGACCUUGGAGAUAAUGAGAAGAUGAAAGAGUCUGGGUUUAUAAUUCCUCAGGACGUUCCAAGUCAUAGCUGGAUUAAAAGAGGAUUAGAUGCUGCACCCAACCGCUAUGGCAUCAAACCAGGGAGACACUGGGAUGGUGUUGAUCGUAGUACUGGAUUCGAGAAAGAUAUGUUCAAAAGGAAGAAUGAGAAACAGGCUACAGAAAGGGAGGCAUAUCUGUGGUCUGUAUCCGAUAUGUGAAAAGUUUACCGAAGAAAGAAGAUUCAAAUUUAACAUACCGCUAUGGAACGACGAGGAGGAUUCACAGAACCCGGUGUUUCUUUUAAACCGCAAAUGGUGAUUGACAGUGGUGCUUGCUUGUGGCCUUGUUGGAGCUUCCUAUAUCUCUCAGUACCUUGAUGGAAAUUGUGACCUAAUAAUGGAGGGUUCAAUUUCAGACAGUCGAAUAGUUGAGCAUGUGCAUCUGAAAUUUAGCAAAUCUCAUUCUACUAAAUUUGAAUGAAUAGUUUUGUAAGAGUAGUCUUGUUGAAUUAAAAAUGCUAGUGUUGGGUUGAUCAACUGCUGUAAACCCAAAUAAGGUCUGGUAAAUGACAACAAUGCCCUCGCCAACCAUGAUUACCUUUCCCCCAAAAAAAAGAAAAAUCAUUAUAAAUUUGUUAUUGAAAAGGCAAAUGUGAACUUGGUGUGGUGAAAUUCA